UUGACGUAACGUAUGGUCUGCCGGAUUACGGAGUCAUGGUACGGACAUGUGGUAAAGCUGUGGCCUGUAGUAGGCUAGGACACGCCACGCCAGCCCUCCACUCACUCCUGCGUUCUGUGACGGAGCUCCUGAUGAUCGGCGUGUUUCUCUCGUUCUGUGGUAGAGGCAGAGAGAGAGAGUGAGAGAGAGAGAGAGAGAGAGAGAGAGAGAGAGAGAGAGAGAGAGAGAGAGAGAGAGAGAGAGAGAGAGAGAGAGAGAGAGAGAGAGAGAGAGAGAGAGAGAGAGAGAGAGAGAGAGAGAGAGAGAGAGAGAGAGAGAGAGAGAGAGAGAGAGAGAGAGAGAGAGAGAGAGAGAGAGAGAGAGAGAGAGAGAGAGAGAGAGAGAGAGAGGCAGUGUAUUGACAUUACCCGCCGAACAAUUUAUGGUUUUAUUUUUGGAGUGAAGCGUUUUGUUUUGCGACCACCGGACUACGGAACUUCUGGCUCACUGCAGCAUUUUUUCGUAUCGUCUCUCCGCUCCUGCAGAUGAUCGAGGAAAGAAUCACAGCUGAGCAGGACUCAAACCACACUGCGAUUAUUAUUUUUUGGACAAAGAUAGUGGCGUCGUCUCGCAGUUCCUAUUCAGCUAUGGCAUCGUAGAGGGGGAAUGGGAAAUGGGGGGGAAUACACGAAGACCACGGUUUGCUAAGAUGCCUUAUUAGGAACACACACACACACACACACACACACACACACACACACACACACACACACACACACACACACACACACACACACACACACACACACACACACACACACACACACACACACACCGGAUUGUUUAAACCCCCGGUGUCGCCGCGGCGGUCUCCCGUUUCGAGCAGCCCGUUCACCCAUUGCUCAAAAACUAUUCGAUUAAAGCCGCGGAUCCCGAUGGCAUGGACACUUAUGCAAGGUCCGCCGCGCCGCUGCCGUGCCACAGGAGCCCAUUCGCCGCGUCUUCCCUCCACCGAGCUCCAUCGCCACCAUCGCCCCGCAGCCAGACGAGCCCUGCCGCAACGCGCCGACCAGCGACCACCGAGCCAAAGCAGGCGGCGGCAUGAGGCUUGAUCCAGUGCAUUUAUCCAUGCUGGUCAUCGGGGUCUCCUUCGCCUGCUACUCCCCGAGUUUGAAUUCCCUGCAGGACCAGGCUUACAAAUCCGCCGUGGUGAUCGAGGGUAAGGUGCAGUCUGCGGUGCCCGCGAACGUCUCCUCCUCCUCCUCUUCCUCCGGCUCCCUGGCGGAGGAGCCGCACAGCGUGCACAGUGUCAGGGUGCUGGACGUGUGGCCGGUCAACAGUGGGGGUCUGGAGCGCGAGCAGCUCGUCACUUAUGUGGGAGAAUUCGGCUCGGAGUCGCAGCAGCCGUCGUCGUCGUCGUCUCCUUCGUCGUCGUGUGAUGCCAAAGUGAUCGCGAACCACAAGUACAUCUUUUUCAUGGACCCCACGGACGAGCCCUUGGUUUUCAAGGCAUCGUUCGCGCCCCUGGACACGAGUGGGAAAAAUCUAAAAAAAGAUGUGGGGAAGAUCUUGUGUGUAGACUGCGGUAAGUUCACAUCUUUUUGGGGGGGAGGGGGGAGGAGGGAAGGGGGGAUCGCAAUGCUAAAGUCAAACCCGGAAGAAUGAAUGGUGUGUGUGAUGGCCGUGUGCGGAGAAGGGCUGUUGCUUCAGUGGAAGUUUAUGAAUUGGAUCGAUCACGCCGUGGUUGGGAGUCAGUGAGUAACAGAUGGACCCAUAGGUGCGUCUAUGCAGCAAUAUUCGACAACUCUUGCAGGUUCCUAUAGGCCACAUGAUCUAUCAAAUCCUCUCUCUCUCUCUCUCUCUCUCUCUCUCUCUCUCUCUCUCUCUCUCUCUCUCUCUCUCUCUCUCUCUCUCUCUCUCUCUCUCUCUCUCUCUCUCUCUCUCUCUCUCUCUCUCUCUCUUUCUCUCUGUCCUCUUCUAACUGCAACAGGCAUGCGCCUCGCACUGUUGCGUGCAAGGAAAUGCAGUUCCGAUACGGAAGAGCUUAUAGCAGAAUCCUCAAUCAGACUCCCAGUUGUAUGACGUUUGAGAAAGUGGUCGAACAUAUUAGACGACUGCAUCCGCGAGUUAGCAGGGCUGGCCACAUCUUAGGGCGUCCUGGACAGCUUCAGCACCACGGACAGCGGAUUGUGUCGCGGGAAUCUGACGAAGGCCCCUUCCUGCAUUGGGGAAUGAAAAGGAUGCUGCAGCUCUGACUGCCAGUCUGAUUGUAGGCUACAGAAACCUACCUCACCUAAUCCAACAAACCUAUACCCACGAUACCUGUAUCUACCUAAGAUGCUUAACCAUACCUUUCUAGGCAACCUCACCUAAGCCACCCAUGGCUAUCUAACCUCACCUGUAAGAUAUCUAACCUAAGCUACAAGCUAUUAACAACGUUAGCCUGUAUGCUUCUUAAGUUCUUCAUGUCACAUUCACAUGGGCCUACCAUUCAUGCUGAUACUGUCGGUUAUUGUAAACACCAGUGAAUGAACAGACAUCCCUAUUCCCUGUGCAUUGCAGGGAUACACCAUAUGAUUGACAAUCCAUUUGCUACUCUACUUUUGUUCAACGCUAACACAAACCUUUGGUCUAUAAAAGUUGGUCAUAAUAGCAUUAAUAGCAUUGAGUUUGCAUGUACAAUAAACAGAUGCAGCCUUCGGAAUAAAGGCUGUUGUUUAAUGUGCUUAGUUCAGGCCUAAUUAAUAAUGACUAACUGUCAGAAUCAUUUCUUGACAUAUACAGUAGAGACUUAUACCAAAAAGUCACAAUCAUAUCGACACACACUGGACAUUUUCAGAAUGAGCUUUUCCAAAGGCCUAAAAGCCGUAGUCAAACAGCCUAUUGAUACCAGCACUGGGCUGUUGGCAGCCUAAAUGCUAGAUAGGAGGAGUUAGGAGUUAGGCUACAAACGUUAAUAGUCUAGGAGUUUGACCUAUUUAUGGUGUAAGAAGUCCCACACUUUGUUAUCCUGACUAUAAGACACCGUAUGGAUGCAUCUAUUCUCCUCCAGGUUGUGGUUGUGCAGACACCUUGCCGACCAGUGCUAGCCGAGGGUGUGUUGUUCCUGCUGUUUGUAUAUAACGUCAACGGCAUCACUUAGCGCUAUGUCAUACACGCAUACACACACACACACACACACACACACACACACUCACACACACACACACACACGCACACACACACACACACACACGCACACACACACACACACACACACACACACACACACACACACACACACGCACACACACACACACGCACACACACACACACACACACACACAAAA